UUAAUUUUAAACAUCAACGAGCCUAAUGUCAUACGCAUACCUUGACAAAUCAAAAUCUAGAAAGCUUUACAUUCAUCUAAAAUGAAGAGGGAGGUGAAUAUUUUCCCUUUAUAGGCUGCAUGCAUUAUCUGUCUACCGCGUGUAACGUACCGAGAAUUUGACAGGAGUCUGAAGUUGAAUCUACUAUGAUGAUGUGGUGCGUGUGAGGUUUAACAACAUAUGGAUACAAUCCUCGAAUUGAGGAGAGACUGUAGUCUAUGAAAUACCAUGUAAUUUUGCUGACAAAUACAAUUAAAAGGUGCUAUAAGAUAGGUAUUUCUCACGGUAAGCUUUAGUACAAAAUUGGUCGAAUCCUGCCUUGGAAUUUGCAGGAGAAUAUCGAACGGCUAGUCGCCUCUUGCCCGAAGUUGUCCAUGAGAGAGCUCAUCGUUCGAUCGGGAAGGAAAGAAAAGGUGUAUUAUUGGAGAAGGAAUGGCGAGCGCAUCUUCAGAGAAGGAAUUCCUUAUGCAGAUAGGUUCGCUCAAUCAGGUACCAACUGGUGCCCUCCAUUGCCGUUGGAUCAUCCAUCCCCUUCACAACCCGUGACUGCAGACCAGUCUCUUCUCACUCGGGCAUUUGCACAAACAGCUGCUGUUCGUGUCCGCUUCUUCGUUUCACAAACUUGGCGGGAGCUUUAUUCAGUCAGCUGGGAGAGGAGGAGAAGAAGAAGAAGAAUGCGAGGCAUCAUGAGCAUCAGAAGGUUCGACAAGGCGGCGGACUUCCCCAUGAUCCUCCGCAACGCCUUCUCCCGUCUAGCAGGUGUUCAUUUCUGUCCAUCUCCACAUGCUCUCGACUCACCGUCCCCUGUAAUGGCCUCCGCUUCGAGCCCCUUCUGUAGUGAAGCAGCCUCCACUGCGUCUCUUCCCUCUUUCGGGUCCUCUGCUGCUGCCUCUGAUCACCCUUCUUGUUCUUCGCUGUCGCGCUUGUCUUCCGCGUUUCCGAGUGAUCACUCAGAUGAGCCGGGACUCGCUGCCUCCGCGGGCAUCCGUGUUGAUGAUCUCGAUUGCAGCGAAGAAGAAGCAGAAGAAGACGACGAUGAAGUUGGCCUUUUGCCGGAGAGUUUGCUGGAGAAGGCUCCUGAGCUUCACGUGAAAACGAUCGUGGACAUACUCCGGGACCCGGGUCACGGCCUUCCGGAAAAGAAAGCAGCUCUCGAGCAUUGCAUUAUUGCCGCGACUUCAGCUCUGGUCGUGGAGGUUCUCUCUCGGGUCCGAAACGACUGGGAAGCGGCCUUCACGUUCUUCCUCUGGGCAGGGAAGCAGCCCGGGUACACCCAUUGCCUCCGGGAAUUCCACUCUAUGAUCUCCAUCCUCGCGAAGAUGCGGAAGUUCGACACUGCCUGGGCCCUGAUCGAUGAGAUGAGGGGGCGUGGCGACCGACCGUCUAUGGUAACUCCUCAUACCCUCCUGAUCAUGAUUAGAAAGUACUGCGCCGUUCAUGAUGUGGGUCGGGCUGUGAAUGCCUUCUACUUGCACAAGAAGUAUGGGCUUGAAGCUGGGAUUGAUGAGUUUCAAGGUCUGCUGUCCGCCCUUUGUCGGUAUAAGAAUGUGCAGGAUGCCGAGCACUUGAUGUUCUGCAAUAGGACUGUGUUCCCACUCAACACGAAGAGCUUUAACAUAAUACUGAAUGGCUGGUGUAAUGUGAUUAUUAGACCCCGGGAUGGAGAGAGGAUUUGGAGAGAGAUGGGCAAGAGAGGAGUGGCUCACGAUGUGGUCUCUUAUGCAAGUCUGAUGUCGUGCUAUUCGAAAACGAAUAGCCUAAACAUGGUGCUCAAGCUUUUCAACCGUAUGAAGCAGCAGGGAAUCUCACCUGACAGGAAGGUUUACAAUGCCGUCAUUCAUGCGCUUGUGAAGGCCAAGCACGUCAAUGAAGCCGUGAAUCUGUUGAAGACCAUGGAAGAGAAAGGCAUUGUGCCUAAUAUUGUCACGUAUAAUUCAUUAAUUAAGCCUCUUUGCAAGGCCAGGAGACUCGACGAGGCUAGAAAGGUCUUUGAUGAGAUGCUGCAGAGGAGUCUUCGCCCAACAGCUCGCACUUUUAAUGCCUUCCUGCGUAUCUUAAAGACUGGAAAAGAGAUAUUUGAGCUCUUGGAGAAGAUGAAGGAUAUGGGGUGCCCACCAUGUUAUGAUACCUACAUCAUGCUGAUCAGAAAAUUCUGUCGAUGGCGUCAACUUGAUGAUGUCUUCAGAUUAUGGAGUGAGAUGAGCGAAAAUGGACUAUUUCCUGAUCGUAGUUCUUACAUUGUGCUAAUACAUGGGCUCUUCUUGAAUGGGAAGUUGGAGGAAGCACACAAAUAUUACGAGGAGAUGAAAUCCAAACAGUUUCUCCCAGAGCCGAAAACAGAUGAAAUGCUUCAGGCAUGGAUUUCUGGGAGAGAAGUAGCAGAGUGGGGGACAAUGGAAAAUCAGUCGGAUUGUAAUCAGUUAAAUAAAACUGUUACCAAAAAGUUUGAUGAGGAAAGAGAUUUCCUUCGGCAACCUGAAACCAGAAGAGUGGUGAGAAAGCAAGGAUAUUCGUUUUGGGAGAAGUAACUUAUUGGGGAAUGAUAUUUCAGCUGGAACAUUGUUAGUGUUUCAUCCAUGAUCACGACAGUAGAUCACCAACGACCUUCAACAUGUAGUUGAUCUGAGCAAGCUAAAAUUAGGAUCCUGUAUUCGUAAGAUGCUUUAUACUUGUAUAGUAUAUCGAAUCUCUAAGGUUCCAGCUUUUUGUUCAUGAUUUGUUCCUUUCAUAAUUUCAUUCAGAUAAAAAAAUGACCAUGUUAAUGUAUACAUGACUCUGGCAGCUUUGAAUCUUGUACGAGUGCUACUCUGGCAACUUUUAUCAAUGUUUGUGCUUCACUUAUGUUUUUA